CGGAAUGUUUUGGUGACAGGGAGGAGAUGCGGGUGGGUUGGGCUGCGGCUCCCCUCGGCUUUUAUUAACCACACAGUCCGACUCAAACCCGACCUACGGAUUCACAAAGAGUACACGAUGAGCUAGGACACCCACAAGCAAAGUGCCAGUGCACUGAACCAUGGGGUGUUGUGGCGUCCAUGUCCUGCUGCUGCUGCUCUUCCUGCAGCUACUGCGACUGCCUGUUGACGCCUCAGAUGGACAACUGGUGUGUCUGUGCGACGGCACCAAGUAUUCGCAGGCCUCCCAGUGUCGCGGCACACGCUGUUUCUCGUCGGUCAAAUACGAGAACGAUGCGAUGGUUUUUGAGCAUGGCUGCUUGAAUGGGACGGAGAAGACGCGUUUGCAUUGCUCCACGCCUCCGCUGCACCGGCAGGCUAUUUUCUGCUGUUCCCAUGACAUGUGCAACGACAAGUCCACCAGGAGCGACUUACUGUCCCUGCUUCCAACCGUCCCACGGGAAGAGCCAGUUCGCUACUGUGUGGAGAUGGUGGCGCUCUUUGUCCUGGCGCCGGUGGUUGUUCUGGUGCUGCUCUCCUUGUUGUCCGUCCUGGCGUGCAGGAGGCUGCACCACGGUCGUCUGCAGCGGCUGCAGGAGUUUGACACAGAGCAGGGAGCGGUGGACGGACUCAUAAGCUCCAACGUGGGAGACAGCACAUUAGCGGAUCUGUUGGAUCACUCGUGCACAUCAGGCAGUGGAUCUGGACUUCCUUUCCUGGUCCAGAGAACUGUUGCCCGGCAGAUCAGUCUGGUGGAGUGUGUGGGUAAAGGCCGGUACGGAGAGGUGUGGCGAGGACAGUGGCAGGGUGAGAACGUGGCAGUGAAAAUCUUCUCAUCCCGAGAUGAAAAGUCCUGGUUUAGAGAGACGGAGAUCUACAACACAGUGCUGCUGAGGCACGAAAACAUUCUGGGCUUCAUGGCCUCCGACAUGACGUCUCGUAACUCCAGCACCCAGCUGUGGCUCAUCACCCACUACCAUGAGAACGGCUCGCUGUAUGACUACCUGCAGCGCGUCGCCGUGGAGACGGCGGAAGGCUUGGCGAUGGCUGCCUCGAUAGCGUGCGGCUUGGUGCACCUGCACACCGAGAUCUUCGGCACGGAGGGGAAGCCCGCCAUCGCUCACCGAGACCUGAAGAGCAAGAACAUCCUGGUCACCAAGGAGCUGCGCUGCUGUAUCGCUGACCUGGGGCUGGCGGUGACCCACUCUCAGACCGACAACCUCCUGGAUGUAGGCAACAACCCCAAGGUGGGCACGAAGCGCUACAUGGCCCCCGAAGUUCUGGAGGAGAGCAUCCAGACCGACUGCUUCGACGCCUACAAGCGAGUGGACAUCUGGGCCUUCGGCCUGGUGCUGUGGGAGGUGGCCAGACGCACCUACAGCAACGGAAUUGUGGAAGAAUACAAGCCUCCCUUCUACGACCAAGUGCCAAACGACCCGAGCUUCGAGGACAUGAGGAAGGUGGUGUGUGUGGAGCAGCAGAGGCCUUUCAUUCCCAACCGCUGGUUCUCCGACCCGACUCUCUCCGCUCUGGUGAAGCUGAUGAAGGAGUGCUGGUACCAGAACCCGUCCGCCCGGCUCACGGCGCUGCGCAUCAAGAAGACCUUGGACAAGAUCCACAGCUCGCUGGAGAAAGGCAAGGAGUCGUGAGACGCCGCGUGUGGGGAGUCUGGUCCAGAGAGUUGGACGACUUGGCUCGGAGACAGACUGCCAACGGUUCCACUCUGGACGGUGACAGAGACCACGGCUCAUGUUCUCUUCGACAAGUGUCUGCUGCAAUUCUGAUCCCCAGCUGUUAGUGGUCGGUUGUCAUGGCGACCCGCUGUCGGGUCCAGUCCACUUGUGCACACUGAACUUCAGAGCUUUCUGUUCUCCACAUUUACAAGCACACAGAGUAGAGCUGGGUCAGAACUGGGCCUGAAGCUGGACAGAACCAGAGGAAGCAGUGGGACUCUCCAACUGUGACUCAGCCGGAGUUUUAUUCGCCAACAUGCUCAACUGCUGCUCAUGUAAAGAGCGUCAUGGUGAAGCACAACUUGGAUCAGCGCCUCUCUGGUUCAGUGCACAUGGGGACUGGACCUGAGACACCCGAGGAGGAGAGCCAACCCCAGAGUUUCUCUGCCGGCGCCACGUCAGAGGAACAUAUGUACUCGGCAAGACUUUGUUUUCUCGCUCAUGUGUCGGUGUGUGGAAGUACAGCAGUAGGAACUAGUGCGUGUCUGAUCAUGAGGAAGCGCUUCUGUCGGAAGCCCCGCUCACUUCAUUGUUUCUGUCCAUCCAUGCAGACUUUGUUUUGAAAUGUUUUUUUUUUAUAUGUAAUAAAAUGUU